AAUCGUUCGUACCCGCAACCUUGCGUCUUCUAUUACUUGUCAGAAAAAGUAAUCUAAUCACAGCCGAAAGAGGCCAAAAGGAAAAGCUGCUAUGCUGCGUCGUCGGCGCGUGGCUCCGCGCCGGAGCGUGACCAAUCAAACGGGUCGCGCCGACACCACGUGUCGAAGCGGUAUGCUGUCCGUGUCCGAUCUUUUUGUCCUCAAGAAAAAAAUCGAGCUCCUUCGUUUCAAGGGCGCAAAAUUUCAUUUUCAGCAGGGCGAGUGGACCAUUGCGCUGACGCAGUCGCCGCAGCGCGCCCAAGAAUCCGCGAUCUCCGCGAUGAGCUCGGCCAUUUUGGUGUUUGCCUUGCUUUUGAACUCCGUGGCGUCCACCGCUUUUUCGCCGCUUUCGAACGAGAGAAAUGACGUCACGGGCUUCGCGUUCAACUGGGUUCUGGGACUCUGUUUCACCACCGCUGGCGGGUCUACGCUGUUCAUGAGCUACGCUUGUCUGAUUCUGACACUAGAGUCCGAGUACGGAGCGUACCGCCAGCUCAUCCGAUACGAGCAACUGAUGGAGUUCUUUCUUUGGCUCACGGCGAUCGCGCAGUGUUCCAUGGUGGCACUUGCGAUGCUGGCCGUGGUGUACAAAACGAAAAUGGAAAACAAUUCCGCGAUGCAGGGCGGGUCCGAAAUAAAUCAAGAGGAUGCAAACCAGCGCGACUUAUACUCCUACCUCACGCUCGGCACGAUGCUGCUUGCCUUCCAAGCCCAAUUUUUCUGGUUCUACCACCGUGGACUCACAGUGAUUCCCGUCCACCUACGGCACUGGGCACUGUGGCUUGCCCCGUUCGUGCUACAGAUGCACUCCAAGCAGAACCAGGUCGACUGCGCGAGGGUCGGAGAACAGUAUGCGCGGAUGAUUGUGCAGAACGUCAACAAAUAUUUCAACUGGCGCAUGUUCCCAUACGACCCCUUUUUCUGGUCGGAUUUGACCUUCUUUCCGCUAAGUCUUGUCCCUCCUGUGGGAGAUGAAAUUGCUGGUGCCGACUACAACUACACCAAGGAGGCGGGGAAACAGGAUGGUGGACAGGCGGAGAAGUUCGGUAUGAAGGCCGGCGAAGAAUUUCACCAAUGGUGCAAACUGCUGAAGGAGUGGCAUGUCAUAGAGAAUGCUGAAGGUGAAAUACCGCAGGGUGCUGGGGCCGGAACAGGCGACGACGACGCUGCGACGAAACUUCUGGAAGAUGAGUUUUCCUCUUGGUGCGUUCUCAACAGUGAGUUUGUCGACAAGCACAAAGUGGAGCUUGUGGCUACUGAAUUAGUGAUGAAUGACUUGUGCUUAUCAGAUUUCAAGAAGAUGGCACUUUUGAGUGCUAGUGCUCUGCCGGGCGAAGUGACAGCGGCCACCCAUGGCGGUAGUCAGCUUUCGUGCGUCGAAUUGUGCUUCCAUCUUCUUGACUCAGCGCUGGAACCAAGUUCUGCCGGUGGCAGUGGCGGGUCCACUGUGCUGCUUUCUACUGGACAAAAAAUGAAACUUGCAAUGGCCAUCUGCAAAUACGCUUUUGAGCGAACAAGUCCGUCAU